GCCCACGCGACUUAAUAAUGCCGUCAUCCCCGCGUUUCGCCUCCCCCUGAAACCCCGACGUGCGCCUUCUCUUGUCCGUCGCAUUUCUUGCGCAUUCACUGAACUAAUAACCACUCAGAAAACCACGCAGAAAGCCCAAUUCCACACACCCCAAAAUCAACCACACAAGACCAACGCGCAAACCCAGACGCCAAACCAUGCCCCCUCGCAAACGCAAAGCCCCCGCGGCGUCGAAACCAAAGCCCGCGCCCAAGCCGGCUGCCUCGGGACGCCGCCAGUCGCAGCGCAUCGGCUCGUCCGCCAAAAAGAGCCAGUACUUUGAGAGCGACUCCGACUCUGGCGCCGACCCCGAGCCCGCCGCGAAGCGAGCAAAGACGGGCGUCGCCGCCACCAAGUAUACAGGCCGCCGGGGGCCGAAGCCCGAAUCGGACGAAAGCGAGGACGCAUACCAGGAACCUGACGGCGACGAUGACGACGACGACGACGACGACGACGACGACGACAAAGAUGUGGCAGAUGAGGAAGAGAAGAGCUCGGCUGGGGAAGAGGAUGACGACGACGACGAUGCGCCGAAGCCCAAGUCAAAGCAAAAAUCAGCCCAAGCUACCCGCGGCAGGGGCCGUCCAGCAAGCAAAAAGCAGCAGCCCGACGACGAUAACGAAGACGAAGACGACGACGACGACGACGCAGAACCCAGAGUGACCUUCAUACCGCACAAAAAGCUCCGCGACACGGGCGGCGUCGAGUACGCCGACGACCGCGUGCACCCCAACACGCUCCUGUUCCUGGGCGACCUGCGGGACAACAACAAGCGCGCGUGGCUCAAGGCCAACGACGGCGAGUACCGCCGCUCCCUCAAGGACUGGAACGCCUUCGUCGAGGCGCUCCAGGCCCGCCUCAUGGCCGAGGACGAGACGCUGCCCGAGCUGCCCGUCAAGGACCUGUCGUUCCGCAUCUACCGCGACGUGCGCUUCUCAAAGGAAAAGACCCCCUACAAGCCCCACUACUCGGCCGCCUUCUCCCGCACCGGCCGCAAGGGGCCCUACGCCUGCUACUACGUCCACUGCGAGCCGGGGAGCUGCUUUGUCGGCGGCGGCCUGUGGCAUCCUGACGCAGACGCCCUGCACCGCCUCCGCGCCAGCAUCGACGACCGCCCCCUCCGCUGGCGCCUCGCCCUGCUCGCCGAGCCCUUCCGCGCCGCCUUCAUGCCGGGCGCGGCCGCGGGCGACGAGGCCUCGAUCCUGGCCGCCUUUGCCGCCCACAACGCCGCCGACGCCCUCAAGACCAAGCCGAAGGGCUUCUACGCCGGCCACCGCGACAUAGAGCUGCUCAAGCUGCGCAACUUUACCAUCAGCAAGCGCGUCCCCGACGAGCUCUUUACGGGACCCGACGCCCUGGACCGUCUUGGGGACUUGGUGGGCACCAUGGUGGGGUUUAUAACACAUCUCAACUCCAUCGCGAUGCCCGACGACCCCGUCGCGGAUGAUGGCGGCGACGACGAUGUCGACGGUGACGAAGGGGGCGGGAGCGGCAGCGCCGACGAGGCUUGAGCCGACUUCAAGGAUGGCUUGUAGGAGUACCGUGCCGUCUGACAUUUGUCACAUGUAAAACCAAGCGACUGUACUAUACGUUGGGCGUCCUAGUCUUUCCAAACACCCCCAUGUCUUCCCUAUUACCUCAGGCCAUAAUCACAAACAUUUGCGUGCCAUUACAAGACGGGGUAUUUGAAUAUAUGAUACGCCGCAGCAACCAGGUGAGAUAUGCACAGGCACUGGCACUCCGCAGCAUGACAGCCCAAGCAGCACGUACGGGGAACCGUAGAUACUAGACAAUACAACUUUCCUCCAAUCGUCCCCCUCCCCCACGAUCCAAACAUGACAGGAUUCGAUCCGGGUGAGAGGGGUGGGAUACUACCGUGCCCUCCCAGUAUAGACGCAUCACAUCGUUAAAAGGCCUUCCUCCCCCUCUGAUCGCUUUCCGUCAUUAUGCAGUUGACAUCAUAACCCAAGGCGCCACAGGAAACUAAAAAGAAACAGGACAGAAAAACAGAAACACUGACAGGAAGUGGAAACAAAGGAGACUUGGAGCAAGAAGGGGCCCACCGUCUGGAAGCAAGAGUGUGGGAUGGGAGAAGAGGAGAAGCAAAGAGGGGAAAUACCCCGAGAUGAAGAAAACAGAAAGAAAAAAAAAGAAGAAAAAAAACUUGAUCCAAAUCAC